GCUUUGCCCCAUAGCUCGAUGCCGGCAUGCGCAGUGAGCUUCUGAGCUUCCUUUGAUCUCUCUGCGGGUUUGAGCAACGAUGAGGGUAGUUUCGCGUUGUGCCGGGGUUGCACUCUUUUGUGCGUUGCUAGUUGGUGCCGCCGUCGGAGACGCAGAUGGCGUCAAAGACGACAAGCACUUGUUUCCCCACCCGGGUUUAGGGCAUGGGAUUUACAAGAAAGGUUUUGGGCACGGGGGGUUGGGUGGAGGCGGUCUUGGAGGAGGAUAUGGCGGCGGUGGGGGCUUAGGGGGUGGAGGUGGAGGUGGACUUGGAGGUGGGGCCGGCGGGGGUGCUAGGGGGGUUGGCGGCGGGGGUGGUCUAGGAGGUGGCGGUGGCGGCGGGUUAGGAGGUGGUGGGGGUCUUGGAGGUGGGGCUGGUGGAGGUGCUGGAGCCGGAGGUGGUUACGGUGGCGGAGUGGGUGGAGGAGGAGGGCUCGGAGGAGGUGCCGGCGGUGGUGCAGGAGGCGGCUUCGGUGGCGGUGUGGGAGGUGGUGGAGGUCUUGGCGGUGGUGCGGGCGGUGGAGGUGGAUUUGGUGGUGGCGGGGGUGCCGGUGGAGGUGCUGGAGGAGGUGCUGGAGGAGGCGUUGGUGGAGGAGCAGGCGGAGGAGCGGGUGGUGGCUUCGGCGGAGGGGGUGGUCUAGGUGGUGAUGGUGGAGCCGGAGCCGGAGCCGGAGCCGGCGGAGAUGCCGGAUUUGGAGCAGGCGGAGGCCGCAAAAAACUGCGUCUAUGAGCUUUACGCGGUAUAACAUGAAGGUGGCAGCAUGCGAUGACGCACGGGACAUUUCGGUUUCUUUUUUUCUUGUUUUUCUUUUUUCACAUCGAAUUUGCUUUCGUUUUCUUAAUUAAGUGUCGUAUGAAGAGAAAAUUCUUCAAUGAAGUCAGUUGCUUGCCGAACAGUCCUUAUCAUCUCGUUGCGUAUGUGUAAUUCGCUAUAUCUGCCAAGAAAGUCCGCGAGCUAGUUUAAAUGUUUCAUCUUAUCAAAUUAUAUAUAAAUGCACGUAAUUUGAAGGUUUGCAUUUCAUGUAAA